UUUAUUUAUAAAUAAUUUCUUUUAUUUUUCUUGGAAAACCCGUUUCUGAUGCGUUGCUAUGCAUUUGGUUAUCCUCGGGACGUAUCGUUAGGCGAACGUCUGGUUCCAAUCAAGCAUACUAUACUUUAUCGUCUAACACCGCUUAGCCGGGAACCAACCUAAAGUCAUAUAAAUAUCACGAAACCCGUGCAACUGCCACUUGGUUCAAUACCGUUUAGCUGGACUCAACUAAUUUAGCUUACGAACUCGGACUUCGUUUUCAAAGCUUACACACAAUGCCACGUGGUCGAGGGAGAUUUCGCAGGAGAGGAAACAGGCAAAACGCACACCAAGAAGCACAUAUGAUGUUGCGUCGUCGGGACAGGCCAGCUGCCGACAUAAAUGCUGCAAAUUUGGGUUGUAUUGCACGCCAAAACAACGCUGAAAACGACAGACUGCGUCGUCGAGACCGGCAAGCUGCCGUCGUAAAUGCCGCUGCAAAUGUACGUGUAGAGGCCCUGGAGAACGAUGGAGAGGCUGAAGUUGCUGUCCAAAAUGCUGAAAUCCAGACUGACCCACCACCGGAGGACCCUCGUGGCCAGAAAAGGACUGCAGAUGACCUUGAUGAGGAUAGUAACGACCUGCUGCAGCCCGACUCGGACGUGUGGAUAUUGGGGGAUUCGAUCCCAUACUGGGCAGGAGUUAGAGCCAGAACUACUGGAAAGCCAAACCUCCGCUUGCCAGGUAAGACCAUUGCUUGGCGGGCGGUUAGAGGCCUGCGCUGGCAAACGCUCCGCAAUUGUAUUGAGGCUUCAGUAUUAUUAGCUUCUCCACCAAAGAUCCUCGUAAUCAACCUUGGAGGAAACGAUAUGACUUCUCGAUCUAUUUUACAGACAGAUCAGAAACGUUAUUGA